AUGGAUACCCAGAACAUUGGGGUGAAAGAGGUCGCGAUUUUAGUGAUAGAGGAAGAGCAAGGUUUGGUCGUGGUGGACGUUUUGGUCGGGGUGGUGGUACUGCUGGUCGUGGUGGAGGAAGAGGAGCGUAUGUUCGCGCUAACGCAGUACAAGGGUCUCAAGUUACAGCUCCUGCAGUAG